AUGCGCCUUCUUCUUCUUGGUGUAGGGUUUGGAUACCUUCCGAAGAUUCUGAUUCGCAUGACCAGCCUUUGGCUCAGAGACUUCGCCAUAGGGCCCCCGAUCCUGUGCGGGCCCUUCCACUAUUCCUCCACCUCCUGCAGCAACCACCUCCUCUCCUUCACCUCCUAUUGCAACCACUUCUCCCAUCCCGAGCCAGGCCGACGCUCCUCCUGCUCACCCGAGGCUCCGACCGAGCCUCCACUAGCUCAGCCUUCCACCUCACAACAGCAUCGGAGCGCCAAAGCUGCCCCAUCACAUCACCCUUCAUCAACUGCCUCACCUCCAAAGCCUUCUCAUAUGCCCCCUUCAGCUGCUUCCGGGUCAGCUACGGGACCCUCUGGCUCAGCCGCUGGGCCUUCACAGCCACCGCCACCUGUUCAUCAUCAUUAUCUUACCACUGCCCCUUCUGAGGCCGAAUUAAGAUCACGGUAG